CAAUUGGUGGAGAGAAAUCGAACCUCUUCCGACGUUAAGAGAAAGAUCGGAGCAUCAUCACUAAAUUAUGACGUUAAUGAAUUGAAAAGAAAAGGAAAAUACCAACAUUAAGAGCAAAUUUGCUAGUGUCAGGCAGCAAAGCAAAAAUAUUUCUAGUGUUGUCUCUGUUUUGGAGGACGGCUCACUUUACGGUUACAGAUAGAUUAGUAGGAAAGAGAGAAACGUGGAGCGUAGAUCGAUGAUGGAUCCCACUGGUCCAAGUCUAACUCUAUUAAUUUUGAUUUAAUUUAUUUCAUCAAUCAAGCAGCUGUCCUGUGAAGCUGUGAUGCGCCCUCUCCUUCCCAACUGAUCUUAUUAGAAAUUAACAAGAAAGAAAGAAAGAAAAAAACAGAAGGAAGAAAUGAGCUUUCAAGAUGUGCAGAGUGGCGGAGGAGGAUGGGGAAGGAAGGCAUCGGCGUUUCCGUCUCAGGCGGUGGCUGCCGGUAUAUUCCAGAUCAACACUGCCGUCGGCACUUUCCGUCGACUGGUCGAUGCCAUCGGGACUGCCAAGGACACUCCCGAUCACCGCCAGAAGCUGCACAACACGAGGCAACGCGUACUUGAGCUGGUAAAAGAUACGUCUGCCAAGCUCAAAUCCCUCACCCAAUCUGAUCACCAAUCCAAUGUCAAUCCGAGUAAGCAGAUAGAAGAUGCGAAGCUUGCAAGAGAUUUCCAGACCACAUUGCAAGAAUUUCAGAAAGUUCAACAGCUCGCCUCUGAGCGCGAGUCUACUUACAUGCCUUCCUUGCCAACCUCUGCAGCUUCCGCCUCUGCCUCUGGGGAAUAUUUGGAACCUAGCAGUGGCAGCACCAGGGAUCAGCACCGCCAACCUUUCCUUCAGGACCAAAAGAGGCAGGAGUUACUUUUGCUUGAUAAUGAGGUUGCUUUCAAUGAGGCCAUCAUUGAGGAGAGGGAACAGGGUAUUCGAGACAUAGAAGCACAAAUAGGGGAAGCUAGUGAAAUUUUCAAGGACCUUGCUGUUCUCGUCCAUGAGCAGGGUGUAGUCAUUGAUGACAUUCAAUCAAACAUUGACAACUCUUCUGCUGCAACGACCCAAGCUAGAGUUCAACUAGCUAAGGCGUCCAAAGGAGUUAAAUCCAGAUGCUCAUGGUGUUGGUGGGUGCUGGUAGUUUUGGUCGUGGUCGUCGUGAUCGUCGUAAUCGUCCUUAUCAUAUAAUGUGCAAGUACAUACAUACAUAGUCACUGUGUGCCUCUGCAUGACAAUGUUGUUUGUCUGAUCAAUUCUUUGUUUACUGAUGUCCUCCAGCUUUUGGUUGAGGUUUACAUGUAUUAGAGUGGAAACUGGAACGUCUCUUUUUUCACUUUCCUUUUAUCUUGCGGCGGUUUUGCGUGUUUUUGUUAUCUGUAUUAUGGUCCCUGGGGUUCACUUUUUGUAAUUUUUUUUGUUUUUAAUAGUGGAUUACUAGUUUUUGGUUUA